AUGUCAAAACCCACUACCUUUCAAGAUGCGGUCGAAUUGGUCACCCUUGCUGAAAAAGACAAUUAUGUCCCUGAUACAUCUAAGAAGAGAAGGAUCAACCAAGCUAGCCCGGGAAAAUUCAAUAGAAUUCAAGUCUUGGGGGGGGAAAGUGGGGCAAUAACUGCAUGCGCCACAUGUGGAAGGAACCAUUCAGGUGAAUGCAGAUAUGGCAAGGGAGUUUGCUUUACUUGUGAAAAACCUGGGCACAUGUCAAAAGAAUGCAAGGCUAGACCAAUCUGCUACUCGUGUGGUGAUCCCGAACAUCGCCAAAGGGAAUGCCCCAAGAAGAACACAGAGCCACAAAGGUUGCUCGGAGGAUCAAGCGAAAAGAAGCCUGAGGCGCCAAAAGUGAAGGGUCGAGUCUUUCAGAUGACUGUAAAAGAAGCAAAGGGCACCCCCGAUGUAGUGACAGGUACAUUUCUAGUCAACAAAAUACCUGCAAGAGUGUUAUUUGAUUCGGGUGCAAAUAAAUCUUUCGUCUCCACUAAGUUUUGCAUACGAUUGGGAAGGUCACCUAUAUUACUUAGUCAAAACUUAGAGGUCGAAACUGCUAAUGGUGACAUCACCAUGGUGCGAGAGUGUUUUGAUAACUGCAUAAUAGAAAUUGAGGGUCAAGACUUUGAGGUCCACUUAUUACCUAUGGGCAUUAGAGAAUUCGAUGUUGUCAUAGGAAUGGACUGGUUUUCUAAACAUCAGGCUCACAUUAUUUUCUUCAAGAAACUAAUUCGAGUGAGAAAUAAAGAUGGGAAUGAGAUCACUGUGUACGGUAGUCGGCCUGGCAAUCACGUUAACCUCAUAUCUGUGAUCAAAGCUAGAAGAUGUAUUCGUAAAGGAUGCGAGACGUACUUAGCAUAUGUUAUAAAUGCUAAAAUGGAAAAGGGAUCUAUAGAGGAGGUCCCAGUGGUUUGGGAAUUCCCUUAUGUGUUUCCUGAUGACCUACCUGGGGUACCUCCUGAAAGACAAGUCGAGUUUAGGAUUGAAUUAACACCCGGAGCCACACCGAUUGCUAAGUCACCUUACCGACUAGCACCAUCGGAAAUGCAAGAACUGAUGAACCAAAUCCAAGAAUUGUUGGAUAAAGGGUUCAUCCGACCGAGUUCGUCCCCAUAG